AUGCCUGUUCCGCUCGCCCUUGCGGUACCAGCUGCGGUCGCAGCUUAUUCCUACGUCAACGCUCGAAUUUCCUUGUGGUAUGACCGACAACUGCUCACCUGCGCCUUGCCCGCGACUCUCUCCGCGCUCUGGCGCGAACGAACCGACCAACUAAACCAAUUCUACGUCCUUGAGCGCGCCGCGCUAAACAAAUCUUCGGCCAACCGCACAUUCAUUAUUUUCGAGGGCAAGAUAUACACCUAUCGGGAGACGUACGAUCAAGUCCUGAAAUAUGGCACUUGGCUACGGGAACGCUUCGGCGUCAAGCCCAAGGACAUUGUUGCAAUGGACUUUCAGAACUCCGACGUCUUUGUCUUCUUGUGGUUUGGUCUCUGGUCCAUCGGUGCAAAGCCAGCCUUCAUUAACUACAACUUGACCGGCAAACCGCUAGCCCACUGCGCCAAAGCCGCGAAGACGAAACUGAUGCUCAUUGACCCCAACGUUGUCGCCAACGUUGGUGACGAUGUGAGGACCGAGCUGGAUGAUGUGCAGUUUGUCGUGCUCGACGAUGCUGUGCACCGAGAAAUCGACGCCACUCACCCCAAGCGCGCGCCCGAUUCAGACCGAUCCGAAAGCCAGUACCAAAACCUGGCCAUCCUCAUAUACACGUCAGGGACGACGGGCAUGCCCAAGCCGGCUAUCGUGUCCUGGGCAAAGUGCAUUGUCGGAAGUGUAUUCACGUCGAGGUUCACCAGCAACUCCCCAAGCGAGGUUUUCUAUACCGCCAUGCCGCUGUAUCACAGCUCCGCCGCCCUGCUGGGCUUUCUCAACUCCCUCGAGGCGGGCGCCACCAUUUGCAUUGGACGAAAAUUUUCGACAAAACUGUUCUGGGAAGAGGUUCGCUCGUCCGGAGCCACCAUCAUUCAAUAUGUUGGCGAGACCUGCCGAUACCUUCUCGCCGCACCGCCUCAGGUUGACCCCAACACGGGUGAGAACCUCGACACGAAACACAAGGUACGGGUGGCCUUCGGCAAUGGACUUAGGCCGGACGUGUGGAACAAGUUCAAAGACAGGUUUGGCAUCGACUCCAUCGCCGAGUUCUAUGCUGCAACUGAGGGCUCCUUUGGGACCUGGAACCUGAGCCGCAACGACUUCGCCAAGGGCGCUGUUGGAAGAAACGGCAUGCUCUACAGCCUAGUGCUAGGCCUUGACGUUGCGUUGGCCCAGAUGGAUGAGAAUAAUGAAGCGCCACUAAGAGACAAGAAGACGGGCUUGUGCAAGCCCGCCAAAUCCGGCGACCCAGGCGAACUCAUGUUCCGACUCUCUCCCAACGACCUAGACCGCCGCUUCCAAGGUUACUACGGUAAUCCUGAUGCUACAAAGGCCAAGAUCAUGCGGAACGUCUUCUCCAAGGGGGAUGCGUGGUUCAGGACAGGUGACGUGGUGCGGUGGGAUUGCGAAGGACGACUCUACUUCUCCGAUCGUAUAGGCGAUACCUUUCGCUGGAAGAGUGAGAACGUAUCAACGCAGGAGGUUGGCGAGGCGGUGGGCUCGCAUCCGUCGGUACAGGAAGCCAACGUGUACGGCGUGGAGGUGCCGAGUCAUGACGGUCGCGCGGGAUGCGCCGCUGUCGUCCUGCACGACCAGCCAUCGGAAGACGUUAUGAAGAGCAUUGCGCAGCACGUCAAGAACUCGUUGCCCAAGUACGCCUUGCCGAUAUUCCUGCGCGUCAUGCCCCCCGAAGCCAUGCAGACGACCGGUACGAAUAAGCAGCAAAAGCACGUCUUACGAGCACAAGGCGUCAACCCAGCAAGCGCGAGCGUUGGGGUGGUCUACUGGCUGAAGAAUGACACAUAUGUGCCUUUCUCGCAGCGAGACUGGGAUGAGCUCAAUGGUGGACGAAUGAAGCUGUAA